AUGCCUGCCUUCCCUCCACGAGGCGAAUCAGGCCAUUCUUUCUUGCAGGAUGGAGAUGCUUGUCUGAGACCUUCAACACAAGAGGGAGUCCCACCAGGAUCGAACAGCUCCACGACCCAGGACCAUGGCUCAGACAGUACCACUCAACCGCGACUGGGAUACAGCGACCAGUGGCCGGGCUCGCAGAGUCAAUUUCAGGAUAUGCAUACCUUUCAUCCCUCCUACAUGUUCAAUGCACACGAGGUGACGAAUGAGUACAACCUCCUCAACGACUUCUUGAGCACGAGUUUGCAAGACGACGGCAUGUAUUCGAACGAUGAGUUCCCCGCAUCAUACAAUGAUCCAUCUCUUAUCAACUCCAUGGCCUCCUCGCUUGGAGGCAGCAAUGGCCAUUUGCCAUUAAAUUACCAGCAAAACCAGCCUCCGCUCACGGUACAGAACACUCCUCAACAAGCUGCAGCAAUACGCCAGACAAGCUCCAUACCAUUGGAGAAGGCUAAAGAGACGUAUUACAUGACGGCUGCCGAUCCCUCAGGAACAGAUCCACCGGAAGAACGAAUGGACAAGCUACUCAAGGCAAAAUAUGACGCCGGCUUGCUCAAACCUUUCAACUACGUGAAGGGCUAUGCACGUCUACAGCAAUAUAUGGAUCAGCAUAUGCAGCCUUCGUCCAAGCAAAAGAUCCUGAGACAGCUUGACAGGUUCAGACCCAAGUUUCGUGAGCGAAUGCACAGUCUUACGGACAUUGAAUUGGUGCUAGUAGAAAUGUGGUUCGAGCGAAGCUUGAUGGAGUAUGAUCGUGUUUUUGCGAGUAUGGCAAUCCCUGCGUGUUGCUGGAGAAGAACGGGCGAGAUUUUUAGGGGCAACAAGGAGAUGGCAGAGUUGAUCCAUGUACCUAUUGAGUCCUUUCGCGAUGGCAAGUUGGCAAUUCACGAGAUCAUCAUCGAGGAUCAGCUCGUCAGUUAUUGGGAGAAGUUUGGGGCCAUUGCGUUCGACAGUCUCCAGAAAGCUAUGCUCACAAGCUGCACCCUUAAGAAUCCGGAUGCGAAAGCCAAAGAUCAAGAGAUCAAAUGCUGCUUUUCGUUUACCAUCCGGCGAGACAAUCACAACAUUGGGCAACUUCUUGCCUCUGGAGCCUCGAAGAUGAUGGACUCGAACUUUGCAUCACACUUGCAGAAAUCCCUGGAAUGUGAGAGCGAAGCAUCUUCCGCGCUGCCCGAUCCUUCCGCCUACCUACAAGCCUUCCCUUUAUCACAGGUCACAGCCUCACCCACUCGAUCAGCCGUAGAUAGGGCAGGCACACAGCUAUGGAACCUAUGUCGAAAAUUUGAUUGGAACAGGACAGAAUCAGGGCCAACCCGUCAUGCAUCAAUCCGGGCUCUCGCCUUUUUCAUGAUUGAAAGUGCGCAGGAGCGAAAUCACAAAGCACCAACAAGUGAGCGGUACGCGAAUCUUACCUUGACCCAGGCUGAUCUGGGCAAAGAGGGGUUGAGGCUGGUUAGCCUUGGUCUUGCGGCAGCAAAGUGUUGCCUCUAUUCUAAGCAGCAUGGUCUUGCGUCCCAAAUACUCGAGCGCGUUGCCUACUACCUUGAAGGAUCUUCAAGAUGUAAUUCACCUAAGCACCUUUUCGUUGAUCACAGCCACAGUCAGAGAUAUCUUGAAUACAUUCGUCUUCGAAUGGCUCUGUCAUGGCAACAAGACAGGCUCGAUCUUACCGAGCACUUGUUUACAACAGUGGACCUUGGACAGCUCAGGAGCACACCCACAGUUACAGAAGACAUGGUGGACAUGUUAUUUCACAUCGGCAGAGAUCUGCUAAGCAGAGGAUCCCAUGAUAUGGCCGUUGUGUGGUUGAAGAGAGCAUCUCGGCUGCUCGAACAUCAGGACAUCGAAUGUCUGAGCUCCGAUGCAGGCGAAUUGAGGCUGAACUUACUGCAUACUUCUGUCCGUGCUUUACAUUGCUUAGAGUGCUCUGAAGCCCGUCAGGAAGCAGGAGAUAUCAUGCAAAUAUUGCUGCGGGACUACGGGAACAAGCUGGCUGUCAGGCUCUUACAGUUAGAUAUCAUUUCGAGAACGGAGAGUCCGGACCGCAAUGCAUACCAUGCUGCACUCAACGCGAUCUCCAUGAUGAUGCACCUGACCAAGCAAAACUUUUCAAUUAACGAACUGGCUUGCCGCGUUCUAAAGCGGUUCCUCCUACAACGCCUUGCAUCACACGGAAACGAAGAAUGGAUAACGAAGGCUUUUAUCACUCUCAUAUGGAUGUCAACGACUGGGGAGUCUACGGAUCUGCAGCUCUCUGAACUGGGCACCCUUUUCAAUGAUCUAUUCUCCUCUUGGAAAAGCUGUCUCUGCCCGGAAGCUACGCAUGGAGCUCUUGUGUUGCUCUGGAAGCGCAUUGAGGACACUUUCGACCAUGGUCAAUUUCAGGAUACAAUCAAAUGGUGCGAGCUUGCCCUACAUAAGCUUUUGGAAAAAGCAGGGGAUAUCAAUGUGGACAAGAUCGCACGGAGAAUGGUACAAUGCUACCUUGAGAUCUCGGAGCUUGGAGCUUGUAAGGCGCUCGUGACCCGACUUCUGGAGAGCAAAAUGUCAAAUCCUCUCAACCACUACCUUGCGUACUGUCUUGCGCUCAGGACAGAAGAUAUCAAUAGCGCACAAGCAGCAGUGACCGCCCUGAAUGAUUCUCCAACUAUGAAUGAGAAUCUGCUCUAUGCUUGCAUCUCUAAGACAUUGGAGAGCGGCACAUCUGAACAAGCUGCGAAUAUCCUGCUCAGCCUAUUAGAUAAAUACAACUUUGACCCGCCCGAGCACAUAAUUUUACCAGCGUUACUGAGGUGUACCGUACGACUUUACCUUUCCCAGCUUACUCAUGAAGCCGACCUAGAUCGAUUCCUUGUAGAUACGGUGUUGAGACUGUUCACGGCGGUUCCAGAAGCACUAGAAAGGCGUGCAUCUACUGCUCGAAACGAACCGCGUCAAGCGCCAGAUUCCGAGUCUGUCUGUCAGAAUGAAUUUUCUGCGACAGAGAUUAUGUGGUUUCUCGUCAAUUGCUACAACCUUGCUGUCAAGGUCGCCUCAACCUGGCCAGCUUCGGCAGUUAUCAGCUUGUUUGAUAUUGUCAUCCGAAUCACAGCUCACAGGAUUUGUGCCAGUACCGAUUUGGAGGGCGAUGCCUUCAUGGAAAACAAUGCCCGCAAAUGCCUUUGCCAUUUCGCCAUCACCGUGGUUUGUACCGCGGAAGCUAGGCAACAUUCAGAUCUCGAUAGCAAAGCCAAAUAUUACUACAAAACUCUUACUGCAGCCACCGAGUUUGCCAAAACCUACAAGGUGCUUCAGCAACAUACCACGGACGUUCAGGCUGGUCGCGAAGGCACCAAACACUAUGGAAACACGAUGCUUGAACUCGACUCCAAACGCCAAGUUCUCCUACCUCUAGAAUUCGAAGCAGCCACGCACCAGCAUUUGAAUAUGCCAGAGUCAGCAAUCACAACGACACCUAACGACCUGUCUGCCAUAAUCUCAAAUGCACAACACAUCUCAGCUCCACGCAAAAUAUACGCCCUAUUUGCCGACAUCGUGCUCUCCAGCACCUACCGAAAUGGACCUCAACAUGACAAGGACGAAACCACCAAAACUUUAUCUUCUUCCCCAGUUCUACCUCUUCCCACAGCAUCGGCCCUCCUGAUUCACAUCAUACAAGCGGUCCGCACCCUUCCGGACUACGACGCCAUCCGCGCCUCCCGGUGGAUCAGAUGCUUAGUCCAGCUCUGCCUGGAUCAGCACCGCGGACAUCACGGCCAAAAGGAUACAAACAAAGAUGACAGUGCUGAGCACCAUGCAGCGAAAGGCCCACCAAAAUCACCACUAACCACAGUUGAGGAUAUCAUCGCUCAAGCUGUCCAACUUGCUAGACAGUCCUUGCUCAACAGAACCACCGUUGUUGACCCCGAUAGCGGUAAGAGGAAUGCCGGUGAUGGAAAGGACUGUGUGUACCCUGCAGAAGAACUAGAAUGGCUAUCCGCCACUCUCUUCAACCUGGGGAUUGAUUUCUAUGUUUCCACCACCGCGUACCCAAACGACAACAAGACCAGCAAGAGUACUGCCAACAUGGACAAGAAGAAUGAUGAAGCGGAAACGGAUGCAGAGGCCCAAGCGAGGAAAUGGAUAGGCAUCGCUGUUGAGAUUGCGGACGUGCUUGCUGAGUACGAGAGGGAAGAGGGCGGGGAUAAGGGAUUGCUCGGUAGGGUUUUGAGAGGGAAGGUAAAGGAGGGACUGGGGUGGGUUGUUUGA